GGCAGAGCUCCCAAGUUUUGCAGCGUGUCGCCAGAAAACGAAGACCAUGCGAUCCUUAAUAACUGACGAAACCAAGAUCAAAGUUAGCUCGACCUUGGACAAAUCUGUAGGGAAGAAGUAUCUGACGGACGGGAACCCAGAUACUUGCUGGACUUCUCAGCAGGGUCUGCCACAAUACGUCCAAUUAACUUUUCCGGGGCCGGUCCUGCCAAGGAAGAUUUCCUUGACAUUCCAAGGGGGCUUCGUCGGGACAAAGUGUGCUGUUGAGGCGAUCACGGCUCAGCAAGCUGGAAGCGAGAGUUCCAAGGGAUGGCAGAUGCUAUCUCGUAUUUAUCCUGAGGACGUCAACCGCCAGCAGAUAUUUGACCUGACCCCAGUUGACCCUACGCUCCAUGGCAAGCAUGUAGAGGCUUUGAGGGUUGUAUUCGAGGAGAGCUCCGACUUUUUCGGGAGAGUCACUGUGUACGAUUUGCAGCUAGAAGGAGAAACGUUAUAA